UGUUGUGUUGUUGUUGCCAGGGGAUACUAUGUGGUGGUGGUUCCUCUGAAGAAACAGAGAGGAGGGAAGUUCUUGAAGCCUGGUGACAACCCUGAUCAGAUGAACCUAGAUGAGCUCCUGAAAGAGAUCAACAGGACCAGUGUGAGCCAGGCGCUGCGUGUUCGUCGCCAGGUCCCGGCCAGCCAAUCAGAUCCCAGGGCCUAUGUUUCUGCCCACUUUAAGAUCCUCCCCCAGGAGUUCACUCUCGGUGAUGGGAGGAGCUAUGGAGAGUUCCGGAACCGCCCCCUGCAAAACGGACAGGAAUAUGUGUUCUUUGUGCUGGCGCUGCUAGACCUGUCUAAUAAUACAAUGUAUUCAACCAGCCCCUAUUCUGACCCCGUGACCUCCAAUGACGUGGACCCUCAGCCAAUCGUAGAUGAGGAGGAGGGGCUUCUGUGGGUGGUGGGGCCGGUAAUGGCUGUCAUCUUCAUCGUCUGCAUCGUCAUCGCCAUCCUACUCUUCAAGAGUAAACCAGACAGGAAAAGAGCUGAGGCAGAGGGAAGGAAGGCUAGUUUCCCCUGCAGCAAGGCCAUGUCCUCUCACCAUCCUACAGAUCCUGUGGAGCUACGCAGAAUCAACUUCCAGACCCCAGGCAUGGCUAGUCACCCACCUGUCCCCAUCUCUGAGCUCGCUGAUCAUCUAGAACGCCUGAAAGCCAACGACAACCUGAAGUUCUCUCAGGAGUAUGAGUCCGUUGACCCCGGACAGCAGUUCACCUGGGAGCAGUCUAACCUGGAGGUCAACAAGCCAAAGAACCGCUAUGCUAACGUCAUCGCCUACGACCAC